AUGGAUAACACACAACUUCAUGUUGCUAUAGUGUCAAGCCCUGGUAUGGGACAUUUAAUCCCAGUACUAGUCUUAGGCAAUCGAUUAGCCACUCAUCAUAAUAUCAAAAUUACAAUUCUUGCUAUCACAACAACCUCUUCAUCGUUUGAAAUCAAAUUUCUCAAGAAAUCCAACGAGAAAAAAACUAUUGAAAUUAUUCCUAUUCCAUCGGUUGAUAUUUCCCACCUAAUAGACUCCACUACUAAAGUUGUCUCUCAAUUCCGUCUUUUGGUUCGCGGAGCAUUGCCUGGAAUUCGUUCUGUCAUAGCUUCGAUGAAUCAUCGUCCAGAUGCUCUCAUUGUCGACAUUUUUGGCACACAAAUAGUGUCCAUAGCCGAAGAAUUUAACAUUCCUAAGUAUGUGUUCCAUACUACCAAUGCAUGGGUAUUAGCGUUAUUUAUAUACCUACAAGUUCUUGACCAAGAAAUUGAGGGUGAAUAUGUUGAUCUUAAACAACCUUUGGAAAUUCCGGGUUGCAAAGCGUUACAACCGGAUGAUGUGGUGGAUCCCAUGAUGGAUCGGAGUGAUCAACAAUAUCAUGAGUAUCUUAAACUAACAAUGGAAUAUACGUGUUUUGAUGGAAUCUUGAUUAAUACUUGGGAAGAUUUAGAGGGUGAGACUAUCAAAGCACUUCGAAGUAAUGAAAAGUUGCAAUCAGUUCUAAAGGUGCCACUUCCAAUUUACCCAAUUGGUCCCUUGAGGAGAACAAUUGAAAUAACUGAGCGUGAUGAGGUGAUUCAAUGGUUAGACAACCAAAAUUACGAGUCAAUUCUAUUUGUAUCAUUUGGAAGUGGUGGAGCUCUUUCAUCUCAACAAAUGAUUGAGCUUGCAUGGGGUUUGGAAUUAAGCCAACAAAAAUUUGUUUGGGUAGUACGUCCACCGUCUGAUGGUGAUGCAGAUAAUGCUUAUUUAAACUCCAAUGGAAGCCAUACACAUGGCACGUUCAAAUACUUACCAGAGGGUUUUUUAGCUAGGACUAAAGAUAUGGGCCUAGUAGUUCCUAUGUGGGCCAAACAAGCUGAAAUCUUGAGUCAUUCAUCAGUGGGUGGAUUUAUAUCACAUUGUGGAUGGAAUUCGACGAUUGAAAGCCUUACAAAUGGAGUUCCUAUGAUUGCAUGGCCAUUACACGCCGAACAAAAAAUGAACGCCACCAUGCUUACGGAGGAGCUAGGGGUGGCAAUUCGACCGGCGGUUUUACCGACAAAAAAAUUGGUGAAGAGAGAGGAGAUUCAAGGAAUGGUGAGGAUUUUAAUGGAUACAAAAGAAGGGGAGAGUAUAAGGGAAAAAGCUAAGAAACUAAAGAUAAGUGCGGAAAAUGCACUAAGUGAAGGAGGUUCAUCUUACAACUCAAUGUGUGAACUUGUGAAGGAUAUUCGCAGAGGCGUAUCCAGGAUUUCGGCUAGAUAG